UUUGGGAAGUGCCCAAAAACAAAUCCGUGAGGGCUUAGCCCAGAGCGGACAAUAUCAUACUAAUGCGGGGUUGGGGGGAGGGCACGCGCAGUCCCAACAUGAGUACUGAAAGAGACAUCACCAAAGAAACUGUGGGAAAUGUUGGAGAGCAAGUUUGCGUCGAAGACACUUACUAACCGGUUGAUGAUGAGGAUGGACUUGUACUCACUGAAGAUGGAAGAGGGAGGUAGCGUAAUUGAUCACAUCAACAAGUUUAAUGAGCAAGUAUCAAGGCUGUUAAAUGCAGGGGAGACUAUCAAGGAUGAAGAGCAAGGGCUGCUUCUACUGGCUUCACUACCAAAAUCCUUUAAGCCGUUUGUGCAGUCAAUGAUAGCAGGAAGGACUACACUGCGACUAGAUGACGUGACGACUGCCUUGAAGGAGAGUCAAAGGAUGAUGGGAGGUGAAGAGUCUUCCGGGGACAGUCAUUUACUAGCUGCUAACGGUUGUCCAGAACUCAAGGAGGACUUGCAGAUCCUAAAGGAGAAGAAGGGCAAAUCGAAGGAAGCUUCUUUCGCAAAUGUGAUCACUUAUGAAGAUGAUCUCCUCUGAAGAUAAGAGUACUGCUGGACAGAAGAUUCUGCAGGAUGGGAGUAUCGCUGCAGAAAUCGCAAAUGAUGUAGGACUUUGAAUUAAGGGGAGAUUUGUUG